AUGCAAUCAGUUGCACUUGGAGUCUCAGCACUGCUGUUUCUGUUCCCCGUCCCGGGAUCAUCGCAAUAUCUCGACGGAAGGUGUGGAGUUCUGCCGAAUGGAAAGAUUGGGAAUAAUAUCUGGAGUCCGUGGAUGGCUUAUCUACAUACUUCGGAAUUGAUAUACGUGUGCGGCGGCACUGUGAUAACUGAAAAAUUAAUCCUGACUGCAGCGCAUUGCACUAGGGCCAAGGAACAACUAGUAGCUAGUGUGGGGGAGUUUAUACAAGCAGAAGAUGGUAAUGAGACGAUAUCAUCAGCGCACCAAGUAAACCAAACCUUUGUACAUCCCUUAUACAAUAUGACCGCAAACGCCAAUGAUAUAGCAAUUCUCGGUUUGGCUACGGAUAUUGUGUUCUCAAAAACUAUUAGGCCUAUUUGCAUAAUGUGGUGGACCAUUUGGAGAGAAUAUGUCGACAACAUCCAGGUGCUAAGCGGUGCACAAUGGGGUAUGUCCUAUGAUCGAAAUGAGAGUGAAGCAUUUCGAAUUACGGACAUUAGACGUCAACCAGCAAGUAUGUGUUCCAUCUUAAAUGGCACUGCAAUUUUGAGCAGCCAGUUCUGCGCAGGAGACUCGGAUACAAAACUGUGCAACGUAGACUUCAGCACUCCACUGGGAGCCACUAUAUCCUUAAGCAAUUUUAGGCGCUUUGUCCUCAUCGGCUUUGCAACCGCCAACCAAAGAUGUAAUAGGCCAAGCGUUUAUACGGAUGUCCUAAGUUACACCGAUUUCAUAAUUUCAGUAUGGCGGCAGUACCGCAAAUUUGAUAGACAACCUUUUCAGGGGCGCUGCGUAGGAACGAAGGCCUUCGCAACUUCCGGAAAAUCCCGAUUUUGUUUGAACAAUUAA